CCUUUCCUCAUUCCCAAUCUCCGAUCCAUCCCUAAAACCAGCUGACAAGAGAUCGAUGAUGAUGAAGAUGCCUUGGAGGAGGAAGAGCAGGAGCUUCCAUCUUCAGCUACAAGGGGCAAUUAGUACCAUUCAAUCUCCAUUCUUAUUCUUAUUUACCAAUUAUUGCCAUUCUUCUACUUCCACACUUGAAGAUGCACGCUUCUUGACAAAUAACUUCAAAUCUGCUUCUUUUACCCACCUUGAUGAUGCCAUUGCUUCCUUCAAUCAUGUAAUUCAUAAGCAUCCUCUGCCUUCUAGGGUUCCAUUUAAUAGAUUCUUAUCUGCCCUUGUGAAAAUGAAACAAUAUCACACUGUCCUUUCCAUGUCCAAAACAAUUGAAUUGCUAGGAAUCUCUCACGAUGUUUAUUCUCUUAACAUCUUAAUUAAUUGCUUCUGCCACUUACAUCUUGUGGAUUUUGGCUUCUCUGUUUUUGGUAAGAUGCUCAAAUUCGGAUUGGAGCCUACCACUGUGACAUUUAAUACCUUUAUCAAUGGGCUCUGUAUGGAGAGUAAAAUCGAUAAAGCAGUGGAAUUUUUCGAUGAUAUGGUUGCACGUGGUUAUCAACCUGAUGUUUAUACUUAUAAUGUGAUAGUAAACGGAAUGUGUAAAUUUGGGAAAACAAACGUGGCUAUUGGGCUGCUAAAGGGAAUGGCUGAUAGAGGUUGUGAGCCGGAUGUUGUGACAUACAAUGCAAUCAUUGACGCCCUUUGCAAAGAUGAGCUAGUUGGUGAGGCUUUAGAGCUCUUCUCUCAAAUGAGGAAUAAGGGCAUUUCACCUGAUGUCAUCACUUACACUGGUUUAAUUCAUGGUGUUUGCAAAUUAGGCCAAAAGAACCAAGCUUUGGCCUUGAUGAAUGAAAUGGUAGAGCAAAACCUAUUACCAAAUGUUUAUACCUUCAAUGUAUUGAUUGAUGCUCUUUGUAAGGAUGGAAUGGUUUCAGAGGCUCAAAAUACAUUCAAUGUAAUGAUUCAAAGAGGUGUAGAGCCUGAUGUUGUCACCUACAAUUCCUUAAUUGAUGUUCUUUGCAUUUCAGACCAAUUCAAGGAAGCUUUGGCCUUGUUGAAAGAAAUGGUGGGGAGGAACAUAUCCCCUAAUGUUUUUACCUUCAAUAUAUUGAUCGACACUCUUUGUAAAAAAGGACUGGUUUCAAAUGCAGAGACUAUAAUCAAAAUAAUGAUUCAAGGAGGUGUGGAACCUAACGUUGUCACUUAUAGUUCAUUGAUGGAUGAAUAUUGUCUAGGCAGCCAAAUUGAUAAGGCUAAAAAGCUAUUUGAUCUGAUGGUGACCAAUGAAAUAGCUGACAUUUUUAGCUACAACAUUUUGAUCAAUGGAUAUUGUAAGUGCAAAAUGAUAGAUGAUGCAUAGCAGAUUUUUGAUGAAAUGUCUCAUAAAGGUUUAGUUCCUGAUGCUGUUACUUAUCAUACUCUUAUAAAGGCUCUGUUUCAAGCAGGGAGGCCCCAAACUGCAGAAGAGCUAUUUAAGGAUAUGUGCUCUCAUGGUCAACAGCCAAAUAUAGUAACGCUCACAAUUUUGAUUGAUGGCUUGUGUAGUCGGGGGAAUCUGGAUGAAGCACUCACCCUAUUGAAAGAAUUAGAGGAAAGUCAGUUGAAGCCUGAUCUUGUGACCUAUUGCAUUUUGAUCAAUGGUAUGUGCAAAGCUGGCAAGAUUAAUGAUGCCAAGAUCAAUGGAUUGGAGCCUACCACUGUGACAUGGAAAAGGUAGGAUGUUUACCAAAUAAUUGUUGUUAUAAUAUCAUCAUUCAAGGGUUUCUCAAGCAUGAGGAUUUACCAAAAGCAUCAGAACUAAUCAACGAAAUGGUUGAUAAGGGGUUCUCUGCUGAUGCUACUACCACAGAAUUGGUAGUACAUUUAUCGCAGAAUAAUGAUCUCAUUCUAAGCAAACUACGAAAUCGUUAUGAGGCUUCUAAAGCUGUGCAAUGAGGGAUCAGCAAACUAAAGUUUAUAUAUCUUGACCGUUCAAUGGUGUCUUGGAGAGAAACUUGUGGAAACCAUGAUAUGUGUGUGCCUUUCUCUUGAACUCAGACAUGGACUAGAUCUCUUUGGAUAUAAGAUUGUUGAUGAAUGGAGGUCAUAGAUUUCUAAUGAUCAAGUUGCUGGUAAACCCACCAUCUUCCUUACAAUUUUUUUUUGGGCUGCUACUACAGCCUUAACUCGAGAGCUUAGUCCUAAAAAUUAGUUGAGAACUAAAACUAAUUGAUUCCAUGCUAUAAUGCUUAAGAAUCAUUAUCUAUUUUACUUUUGUGCUCAAUGACCUUUUAAAAUGCUAUCAUUUUUCAGUAAACAUGCUGGACAAUAACUUGGAGAUUUUAUCAUAUAUUUUGAUUUUUACUAGUAAGAAUGCAGGUGUUAAAUCAGUGAACUAGCAGGUGUUAACACCUGCUUUCUGUAUCAUUUUACCAAAGCUACUCAUGCCUGUUUCCGUCCAUUAGAAUUUAACACCUACUAGUUUAUCACAUACAUGCAUUACUUGUAAUAAGUUUAUGCUCCCAAAAUGAUUUCUAUUUAUGGCUAGUUUAUUACUUGUAGUAAGUUUAUGCUCAAAAUAAUUUCUAUUUGUUGCUCCUUGAGUUAAUACUUAUAACUUGAACUAGAGUUAAUACUUACUCCUUGAGUGCAAGUUUUAACACCUACUUGUUGAGUUUAAGUAUUAAUUUGAGUUUUUGCAACAGGUACAUCAGAGCUUGAGCAUGUUGCAGUAUCUCUUCCACCAGUCCACCGGGUCUUUUCCCGCAUGCCUGAGAUGAAGAUGGAUUAGAUGAGCAAAAUGAGGAUUUUUGUUGAUUACUUGUAUACAUUUUGGGGUACUACUUAUUUUGGCAUUUACUACAAAAAUAUACUUUUAAUUAUACAUUUUUUGUGGUUGUACUAGAUUAUUUAUGUUCAAUUUUAAGUUCAAAAGACUUUUCUUUUU